AUGCUUUAUGAGGCGGAAUCAUUUAUUACAGGUACUGUAUACGCAGCUCGUGCUGGGAACAAUCUCUAUGGGAUAGACGUUGAAGUGGAUUAUCGAGGAGAGGAAGUUACUGUGGAGAAUUUCAUUCGCCUUCUAACUGGACGUCAUCAUCCGGCCACUCCUCGAUCAAAGCGUCUACUCACAGAUCAUCAGAGCAAUGUAUUGAUUUACCUCACUGGUCACGGUGGUGAUAGUUUCCUGAAAUUUCAAGACGCUGAAGAGCUGACAAACGUCGAUUUAGCGUAUGCCAUACAGACGAUGUAUGAGGAUAACAGGUAUCAUGAAAUGUUUUUGAUUGCUGACACUUGUCGAAGCGCUUCGAUGUACGAAUGGGUGUCGAGUCCUGGCGUGCUUUCUUCCAGCAGCAGUUUGACACAUGAGGAGAGCUACUCGUACGAUGUAGAUGACGAAAUCGGAGUAUACGUCAUUGAUAGAGAUACCCAUUUCAACGGUGCGCGUGAUAACAUCCGGGAAGUGAAAGGUAAAGCUCUGAAUUCUACGGCCACAAUGCAAGAUUACCUUGAUUCUUGCCCACGUCGUCAAUGCCUAUCAACUGUUGGAGUACGUAAGGAUGUUUAUCCGAAGGAGCCAUCUCGUGUUCGAGUAACCGAUUUCUUCGGCUCUUCGCGAAUUAUCCGUCACCUUUCUGAAGAGAUUGAGAUCGAUGACGAUUGGUUGAAUAUCGAUGGCUAG